UCCAGUGCCCAGCGGUGACCAGCGGAGCCCAGCUCAGCCAGGACUGGGUGAUGCAGCCCUGCACAUGUGUGUGCCAGGCCUACCGCCCUGCCUGGGCCUCGAGGGCUGCGACCUUCCCCAGGGUGGUGCCCUGCCAGCCCUAGCAUCCGGCCAGCAGUCUAGGGGUUAAGGUGACGGACGGGUUAAGGGUUCAGGUUACUUUUCCUGGAGCCCUCAGAAGAGGAAGCUCCCUGGAACAGCAGAGCCAGCGACGGAGGCACUCUCGGAGCCAGCGACACUCCCGGUGAGGCUGCUUCCAGACCAGACCAGAGCACCCGUGAGCAGGUGAGGCCACUCCCAGCUCAGACCAGGGCACCUGUGAGCAGUGCACCCAGAGCUGACCACACAGAGGUGCUGCCCGCCGAGGCCUCGCUGCCCACGUGCUGCUGCCAGGUGGAGGGGGGAUGGCUCCCCAGCCUCCAGCCGCUUAAUUACUCACCCAUUAACCCAGGGCUCAUAAACCUGCCCGGAGCCCGCAGAUAAAAGCCAGCACCUGGGCCACAGCUGCCUCUUGCUUGUGCCCACGCCAGCUCUGCCAUGGCCGCAGGGUUCUUCAUCAGCAAGACGCUGGGCAUCGUAGGCAUUGUGUUGGGCAUCGGCGCCGUGGCCACCAUCAUCGCCCUGUCCGUGGUGUACUCGGAGGAGAAGAACCGCAACACGGCUGCCGUCAGCGUGCCCAGCACCACCCCCUCCGGGGCUGCACCCUCCUCCGGAGCUGCGUCCACCACGCCACCCACCUCAGGCCCCAGCGGGCCCCCACAACCCUGGAACCGCUGGCGGCUGCCCGACUCGCUGAAGCCGCUGAACUACACGGUGACGCUCCACCCUUUCCUGGAGCCCAAUGACCAGGGCCUCUACAUCUUCAAGGGCAACAGCACCGUGAUCUUCGAGUGCCGCGCCGCCACCAACCUCGUGCUGCUGCACAGCAAGAAGCUCAACUACACGAACCAGGGCAGCUUCCUCGCCUCCCUGCAGGGCCUCGAGGGCGCCCACACGCCCGCCAUCAACCGGAGCUGGCUGGAGCCAGAAACCCAGUACCUGGUGCUGACGCUGAUGGAGCCGCUGGUGGCAGGCCGCCGGUACCAGCUUUUCAGCACCUUCGUGGGGGAGCUAGCUGACGACCUGGCCGGGUUCUACCAUAGCAAAUACAUGGAAGGCAACGUCACAAAGGUGGUGGCCACAACACAGAUGCAGGCGGCAGACGCACGGAAGGCCUUCCCCUGCUUCGACGAGCCGGCCAUGAAAGCCACGUUCGAGGUGACGCUCAUCUACCCGCUCAACCACACGGCACUCUCCAACAUGCUCCCACAGAGCUCCAGGCAGCAAGUCGUCGAUGGUGUCACGCGGAACAUUGUCACCUUCCAUCGCACGCCCCCGAUGUCCACCUACCUGCUGGCCUUCAUCGUCAGCGAGUUCACCAGUGUCGACAACCAGACGGAUAAUCUCCUGGUCCGGAUCUGGGGCCGGCCCAAGGCCAUCGCGGAGGGGCAGGGCACCUACGCGCUCGAAGUCACCGGGCCCAUCCUGCGCUUUUUCGAGAACCACUAUAACACGUCCUACCCCCUGCCCAAGUCUGAUCAGGUGGCACUGCCCGACUUCAACGCGGGCGCCAUGGAGAACUGGGGACUGGUGACGUACCGCGAGAACUCGCUACUCUUCGACUCGCGUUUCUCCUCUAUCGGCAACAAGGAUCGUGUGGUCACCGUCAUUGCCCACGAGCUCGCCCACCAGUGGUUUGGGAACCUGGUGACCCUGCGCUGGUGGAACGACCUGUGGCUGAACGAGGGCUUUGCCUCCUACGUGGAGUACCUGGGGGCUGACGCCGCCGAGCCCACCUGGAGAAUCAAGGACCUGAUGGUGCUGAACGAUGUGUACCGUGUGAUGGAGGUGGACGCGCUGGCCUCCUCCCACCCCCUCACCUUCCGAGAGGACGAGAUCAAUACCCCUGCCCAGAUCAGCGAGGUCUUCGACUCCAUCUCCUACAGCAAGGGAGCGUCGGUGCUACGGAUGCUUUCUGCCUUCCUCACUGAGGACCGGUUCAAGAGGGGGCUGCAGUCCUACCUGCAUACUUUCGAGUACGGGAACACCGUCUACAAUGACCUGUGGACUCACCUGCAGAUGGUGGUCGAUGCAGACAAGUUCAGCCUGCCUGACUCCAUCAAGAACAUCAUGGACCGCUGGACGCUGCAGAUGGGCUUCCCCGUGGUCACCGUGGACACCACCACGGGGAGCAUCUCGCAGAAGCACUUCCUGCUGGACCCCAUGUCUGUGGUGGAUCGGCCCUCCCAGUUCCAGUACACCUGGAUUGUUCCCAUCACAUGGAGGACCACCACUGGCAUAGAACAGACGUACUGGCUCACGGAGACCACAGCCACGAAUCCAUCCUUCCAGGUGUCGCAGCCCAACUGGCUCCUACUCAACCUCGAUGUUAAAGGGUAUUUCCGGGUGAACUACGACACGCAGAACUGGAACCGGCUCCUUGCCCAGCUCAGCAGUGACCCCCAGGUCAUCCCGGUGAUUAACCGUGCCCAGAUCAUUGACGAUGCCUUCAACCUGGCUAGGGCAAAGUAUGUGCAGGUGGAGCUGGCGUUGAACACGACACGGUUCCUGCAAAAGGAGACGGAGUACCUGCCCUGGACUGCUGCCCUCAACAACCUGGCCUACUUCCAGCUCAUGUUCGACCGCAGCGAGGUCUUCGGGCCCAUGCAGAGCUAUGUCCAGAAGCAGGUGAAUCCCCUGUUCAACCACUACAAGACCAUAACCAGCAACUGGACCACCAUCCCGGGCGGCCUGAUGGACCAGUACAACGAGAUCAACGCCAUCAGCACGGCCUGCUCCUACGGGAUCCCCGAGUGCCUGGAGCUGGCCACCGCCUUGUUCAACCAGUGGAAGGCAAACUCCACGAACAACCCCAUCCACCCGAACCUGCGCUCCUCCAUCUACUGCAGCGCCAUCGCCACGGGCGGCGAGGCGGCCUGGGCCUUUGGCUGGCAGAUGUUCCUCGAGGCCCCCGUCGUGGCCGAGGCUGACAAGCUCCGCUCUGCCCUGGCCUGCAGCCAGGAGCCCUGGAUCCUCAAUAGGUACCUGGAGUACGCGCUGGACCCUUCCAAGAUCCGCAAGCAGGAUGCCACGUCCACCAUCAACAGCAUCGCCCGCAACGUGGUGGGGCAGACCCUGGCCUGGAACUUCAUCCGCGGCAACUGGGCCACGCUGUUCCAGCAGUGGGGCGGGGGCUCCUUCUCCUUUUCUGGCCUGAUCCAGUCCGUGACGCGGCGCUUCUCCACUGAGUUCGAGCUGAAGGAGCUGGAGCAGUUCAAGGCAGACAACAUGAACGUGGGCUUCGGCUCGGGCACGCGGGCGCUGGAGCAGGCCCUGGAGCGCACCAAGGCCAACAUCAAGUGGGUGCAAGAGAACAAGCAGCCGGUGCUGGCCUGGUUCAAGAGCGAGACCAGCUAACGGGGCCAGCGCCACCCCAGACCCG